AUGUCCACUCCAGUUGACAACUCUUUGACCGGUCUCAAGGCAUCCACUGCCCAGAUCAUGGCCAUCAUCAGUGGUGCCCAGCAGAUUCUCCCAGGUAACAGCUACUUUUCUCUGACAACACAGGCUCAAGUGAUCAAGGACUAUGGGUCUGGACCCCUGCCCAGCAUUGUGCUUUUGUGCUCCAAGGAGCUAUUGCACAUCCAGGGCAUGACUCCCCAGGUCUGGCCCAACUGGCACAACAUUGGGUACAACAAUCCCUGUCUCUUGACGCAUGUCUGGCACCCCAAGCUCCUCGCCUGGGAGGCCUUAGACUCAGUGAUGGAACUCAGUGGUGGUGCCAGUGGAGGGACCAGUGACAUUGCUGGUGCGGAUGGGUGGGGAGGAAAGGUCCACUGGAAUCAGACCUGUGGAGGGAGGAGCAGCAACUGGGAGAUCAAAGGCGAGGAGCUUGGGGUGCCAGACAUGCGUCAAGAGACAGGGAUUGUUGUACCCAAUGUUGUGCCAGUUGGGCCAGACCUGGGGAGUCAUGCCCUGGAUGUGCAAUAG